AUGGGCAAGUCCAAGACGUCGGGCAAGGGGCGGCUCGACAAGUUCUACUACCUCGCCAAGGAGCAGGGCUACCGGUCGCGCGCGGCGUUCAAGCUCGUGCAGCUCAACCGCAAGUACCAGUUCCUCGAGAACUCGCGCUCGCUGCUCGACCUCUGCGCCGCGCCGGGCGGAUGGCUGCAGGUGGCGGCGAAGUACAUGCCGAUGGGCAGCGUGAUCGUGGGCGUGGACCUGGUGCCCAUCCGCGCCGUGCCGGGCUGCAUCACGCUCACGCACGACAUCACCACGCCCAAGUGCCGCGCCGACCUCAAAAAAGUCCUCAAGGGCGGGCUGCUGGACGUGGUGGUGCACGACGGGUCGCCCAACGUGGGAGGCGCGUGGCUCAGCGAGGCGCUGGGGCAGGCAGCGCUCUCUCUGCAGGCGCUGCGACUCGCCGUCGAGUUCCUCAAGCCGGGCGGCACCUUCAUCUCCAAGGUGUUCCGGUCGCAGGACUACAACGCGCUGCUCUUCGCCUUCAAGCAGCUGUUCGGGCGAGUGGAGGCGACAAAGCCGGUGGCGUCGAGAGCGACGUCGGCGGAGAUCUACGUGGUGUGCCACGCCUUCAAGGCGCCCGCGCGCAUCGACCCGCGCCUCCUCGACGCCAAGCACCUCUUUGAGACCGUGCCCGAGCCGCCCAAGGCGGUGGAUGUGCUGGCGGAGCCCAACAGCAAGCGAAGCAGAGAGGGGUACGAGGAGGGGCAGAGUGUGGUGCACAAGCGCGCGCCGCUGCCGGACUUCCUCACCACCGACAACGCCGUCGCCUUUCUGGGAACCUUCCACGAGAUCACGUUUGACUUGCCGUUCGCCCAGCCCGUCAUCGACCACCCGCUCACCACGCCCGAGAUCCACGAGCUGUGCAAGGACCUGCGCAUUCUGGGCAAGAGAGACUUCAAGCAGCUGCUCAAGUGGCGCCUCAAGAUUCGCAAGGACCUUCCAGAGCUGGUUCGGCAGGACAAGCGGGCGGAAGGGGAGGUGGAUGGCGCGGAGGAGGAAGGGGGGGAAGGGGAUGAGGGCGGGGCGGCAGAGGAGGGGGAGGAGGGGGAGGAGGCGCGGAGGGAGCGGGAGGAGGCGGGGGUGGAGGAGGAGUUGGCGGAGCUGAAGGACCUGCUGGGCGCCAGGCGCCGCCUCAAGCUCAAAGCCGACAAGCGCCGCCGCGAGAAGAGCAAGGUGCGCACGGCGACGGGCAUGAAGGUGGAUGCGCUGGGCGACACCGACAUCGCUGCUGACGACGAGCUCUUCGCCCUCACCGCCAUCAAGGUGCCUCUUCGCCCUCACUGCCAUCAAGGUGCCUCUUCGCCCUCACUGCCAUCAAGGUGCCUCUUCGCCCUCUCUGCCAUCAAGGUGCCUCGCAGCCCUCCUCUUCGCCCCCUUCACACGGCUCGCUGUCUUUCAUCACUCCUUCAUCUCUCUCAUUCACUUGUGCUCACAGAAUCUCCCCCUCAUUUUCUUGCCCCCCUCUCUCCCUACCGCCCCAUCCAUUGCUUCCAGUUUUCCUUUUCCUAA